AAAAGAGCUCAGUCUCUGUGGUCCUCUCUCUUUAAUAUUUCCAUUCUGCCCUCCCCUUUUCCCAUUUCUCUUUUUUAUAAUUCAUAAUCCCAAACUUUAUUGUAUAUUCACCUAUUUCUACCAAUUCAUCCUACACCGUUCGAAAUUGCAGCUCCCACUGACUCAAAGAAGACCCUAACAUGGACAUCUUAGAACUAAUUCAUGUCGAACCUGCAAGCGAAAGCAGGCCUUUCAAAUGCACCUUUGACGGAUGUCGGAAGGCGUUUAGGCGACGCUCGGACCUUGCGCGCCAUUGUCGAAUUCACACUAACGAAAGGCCAUUCAUAUGCCCAAACCGAUCAUGUUGCAAAAGUUUCAUACAGAGGUCUGCAUUGACUGUGCAUAUAAGGACACAUUCUGGUGAACGCCCACAUAGAUGCGAGUACCAGGAUUGUGGCAAACGAUUUAGUGAUAGCAGUUCAUUGGCCCGGCACAGGCGCAUUCACACUGGAAAACGUCCAUACAAAUGCCAUAACCCAGAGUGUGGUAAAAGCUUUGUUCACAAAACGGUAUUAACCAAGCACAUGAAAAUGGUCCAUGACUCCACUAUCCGAGCAGGCGGUGUGUUUUUGGAGUCUCAAGACCACAACACUGCGGAAGUGUCUUCUCCAUCCAGCUCAUCCAGCUCAAGCACUCCACCUUAUGAUGCAUCUGCAUCCUUCUUUUCCCCUUUUUCAAAACAACCAUGUUAUCAACCAUAUUAUACUCUAGAUAGAUUUCAUGAUGAAUCGUCCAUGAGACGAGAUAGCGCGAUCUCGUUAGUUUACAAUCACUCUGACUACACUCGAUAUCCAAGUUUCUUUGCUUGAAGAAACCUCCCCGUGUACUACCACUUGGCCGAGUUAGGAGAAAGCGGCUACAAAGGUAACAAGACCCAUAUCGCUGAUUUUUUCCCACUAUCUUUCAUGGCUUGACACUACUCUCACG